AUGAAUCAGCCGCAUAUCAAAAAUUAUGAUCCAGGUACCAAACUGAAUGUUGGUAUCCACCAAGUUUCAAUUAUCAAAUAUCUAACCAGUGGUGGGUUUGCUCAAAUUUACCAAGUGCAAGUUAACCCACCAAAUCCUAUUAAUGGUAUGAAUUUGGCUUGUCUAAAGAGAGUUAUUGUACCUGAAAAAUCAGGCUUAAAUACCCUUCGAGCUGAAGUAGAGGCAAUGCAGCUAUUGAAAGGAAAACCUCAUGUGGUAGGUUACAUUGAUUCUAAUGCGGCUAGGUCGAUUUCUAAUGAUGGCACCUAUGAGGUUCUUCAGUUAAUGGAAUUUUGCCCAGGUGGUGGGCUAAUUGAUUUUAUGAAUACGAGAUUACAGAAUCGAUUAAAAGAAUUCGAAGUUUUAAAUAUCAUGAAUCAAGUUACACAAGGGAUAGUUGCAAUGCAUUCGUUAAAUCCUCCUUUAAUUCAUCGUGAUAUUAAAAUUGAAAAUGUACUGAUAUCAAGUAAUGGUGAAUAUAAAGUUUGUGAUUUUGGCUCUGUCUCUGGUAUUAUUAGGCCACCAAAGAAUACCGAAGAAUUUAACUUUGUCCAACAAGAUAUAAUGAAAAAUACUACUGCCCAAUACAGAUGUCCUGAAAUGUUAGACUUAUACCGUGGUCAACCAAUAAAUGAGAAGUCUGAUAUUUGGGCAUUGGGUGUAUUUCUUUAUAAAAUUUGCUAUUAUACUACGCCAUUUGAAAAUGGGGGUGAAAGAGCUAUAUUGCAUGCAAGAUAUCAAUACCCUCAAUACCCAAUGUAUAGUUCAAGAUUGAAAAAUUUAAUUCGAAUGAUGCUAAUGGAAAAACCUGAACAAAGACCAAAUGUUUGCCAAGUCUUGGAGGAAGUUUCAAGUAUGCAAGGUAUCCCAUGCCCAUUACCAAAUUUCUACUUACAAAGACAACAGGCUACUCAAUUAAUGAUGAAUAACACAAAUGGAAGUAUUUAUCCUAUACCAACACAAAAUACUAUGAUGAAUCAAAUGCCACCUCCGAUGAAUAUGAUGAAUAACUCACAAAUUGCAGCCCAACAUAGUUCAAAUAUGAUGCCACAAUCAAUACCACAACCAUUAUAUACUAAUUAUAGUAACAAUUCCAUGAAUGCGAACAUGAAUAUGAGCCCCAAUUAUGCUUACCCAACUAGUCCAAUAAUGUCUCAAGGACUUUUCACUGGGCCUACUCUGCAUCACAAUUUAACAUCUCCUAUUUCACAGCCAAAAUCCAAAUCUGAGAAUACAACUGGUAACGAUGAUCCAUUUGCCAAAUUAAAAGAUCAAGCAUUAUUUAAUAAAGUCAAUGCUAAUAAUACUAAUACAAGCGUUAAUGACCAUAGCUUCAAUAUGUACAGCACCAAGCAACAAAACAUGGCUAAUAACUUUAAUAAUAACAACAGUAAUAAUAUGAAUCCAUUAAUGAAACAAAGAAGUGAUAGAACUAGAAUUUUUGACAUGCCUCAAAAUAAGACACCUGCUAUGACUCAAAAUUCUGUUAAUUAUUUGUUACCUGGACACUCAUCCGAACAGUCUAUUAGAAAAAGUACAUCCUCUACUUCACUACGUAAUAUUCAAAAUGGUGGUAAUCAAGUUUUAUCUCAAAUUAUGUUUAAUAAUAAUAAGACUGGCGAGAGAACAUCGAGUACUAGUAGCGUAUCUGCUCCUUCAUUAUCUAAAAACAUGGUUCCUUAUAUACCACCCAAUUCAUUUACUUCAACAAACAAUGCAAUGGUAUUCAGAGAAAAUGAAUCAUCAAAAGCAUCUAUUAAAUUGCGUGUACAAAAUUUAUUAAAAACAUCUAAUAGUGGGAAUAAUGAUAAUUCUUUGAGAAGAACCACUUCUGAUACACAAAAUGGAAGCCAAUCUAAUAAUUCUUUAAGAAAAGUAAACACUCAUCAGGUUGAUUCUAACUAUACAACUUCUGAGAAGAAAAAGGCUCCAAAACCACCUCCAAAGCCUGAUUAUUUAAGACCAAAGAAACCGCCCAAACCUGCCAAUUUACAAGGUAUGAAAUUUAUGAAAAGUGAAAAUGUUGAACAAGAAAUCAAAGAAAGGAAAGAAAAUAGUAAGAAGCAGUUGCAAAAAAUGGAAGUUGAUUUUUCUCAACGUUAUCCUAGCGUUUAG